ACUGGCUCGCUCGGUGCUGAAGUUGGGCGGAUGGACGGCAAACACCGCUGAUGGAGAUAAAACGGCAGCAUGAAAUCUCAUCGCGUGAUACCCCCCAUAUCAGCAUAAACAGGUGUAGCGGCACCCUUUUAGCAGACUGACAUCUAUGACUAAAAGGCCCACAAGAAAUUAAAAGAAAUUGCUUCCGGAGGAGGUUGACCAUCAUGAUACAACUUCUGAAGUUCCUCCCAUUCAGUUAUGCUUCUGGUUUUAUAAUAAAGAUGUCUUAUCCUGGAUCAUUUCGCCCUUGACUCAAGAAAAGGGUUAACCUGCAAAUACCAGGUGUCUGAAACCUACCUCCACCCACCUCCUGUGUUCCCCAUCAGGCAUGAUAAGAGAAGAUACAAGAGGACACUAUUUGUAUUCCAGCACUCUGUCCAUUGCAACUUUUGACAUUACUGUCAUGAUUUUCUUACCUGAUCUUCGGUUGGAUAGCUGCUAAUUUGCAUGCCUCAGAGUGUGAGUGGAGUGGAAAUGAGGAAAAGGCAGCAGGGACGCAUUGAAGGACCCCCGCAGGCACCUGGUCACCCGAGGCCUAAUACCUGCUGUCUCUGCUGGUGUGGAUGCUGCAAAUGUCUCUGGAAUGAAGACAGGAGAGAACGUUCAGAAAGGCAAACAUGUACAAAGAUGGAUAGCAUAGAAGCAACAGAGGAACAGCAUCCCACACUGGAUGAGUUGAUCGCCUGGUCCCGGAGCUUUGAGAUGAUGAUGCGCUCUCCAGAUGGAAGAGAUGUUUUCCGGGAGUUCCUGCGGUCUGAGUACAGUGAGGAAAACCUGAUGUUCUGGAUUGCUUGUGAGGAACUGAAGAAAGAGACCAACCCAGCAGCUAUCGAUGAAAAGGCCAGGAUCAUUUAUGAGGACUAUGUUUCUAUUCUAUCACCAAAAGAGGUCAGCUUGGAUUCAAGGGUGAGGGAAGGCAUCAACCAGAAUCUGGCGGAGCCUAGCAGUUUGAUGUAUGAAGAGGCCCAGCUUCAGAUCUACACGCUCAUGCACAGAGACUCCUUCCCCCGAUUUCUCAACUCAUCUGUUUACCAGGAUCUCCUUAACAGCAAGAGAACCUGCUUAGACACCUAGAUUUCAGCAAGAACGCUUGAGACAAAAAAAACCCCAAGGUGCCACUUUUUAAAGAGGUGUGAUGUUUCUUAUUUUGAGAGUGAGUAGUUAAGCAAUUCUGAGCAUCCACUAGUGACCCUGUUCAGUUGUGUUUAAGUGCCAAUACGAGCUGCUCAGGCAACUGUGACACAGAUAAACAUGUAGGAAAAUGGACAGAUCCAUAGUUCUUACUCUCAGCUGACCUUUUCAUUUACCUGCUUAGUCACUUUAAAUCUCUUUUACCUUUCCUGUUCAUGGCCUGUGUUCCUUCCCCGUCUCGCUUUUCCUCAUCCUUUUCAUCCUUUAGACCUCACAUGUCUGAGGACAGCUGAAAAAGUUUUUUUAAAAAACAAAACAAAUGGAUUAGCGGUAGAUGUAAAGCUAGUAAACCAGAUUUUUGCAUGAUACAAGGUUAUGAAAUUUACUCCAGUUUGACAUUUAAGCUCGGAACUACAAUGUUUUUAUUUGAAUUUAAAAAAAGUGUUUUUUAUGCUGUCAUGAGGAGAGAAUAUUGUAACGCUCUCGUAAGUGAAGGGAAAAUUAGCUGUGCCAAUUGUCUUUUAAACCGAAAAGCCGGGAAGUGUAUUCGCUGUCUUGCCGUCCAACCUUUUUUUUGCGUGUCGACAGUUGUUUAACUGGGAAACAUAAGGGCUAGCUCGUGUUGUGAUUGGGCAGCUAAAUGAAUCAUGAACAUUUCUUUCUCUCUGCAAAAUCACAAUGCCUCGACACUGAAUAUGUGUAUAAAAGCUGCUGAUGCUGGUGACAACACGGUUCAUUGGCCCUCCCAGUCCAUUACUAGCCGAGAGAAGCACAGGUACUAGAGGUCACGGGCUGUAUAAGCUUCGCUGGAUUGAAAAGAUUCGUUUGGAAAUAACUCACCAAUGUUCUAGAGGUUUUCAAAAGAACUUAGAAUUGUCUUACACUUAUAGAAAUGUAUUUUAUUAAACAAAAUUGUAGUGAACACAAUGCCUUGUUUUUGAGCGUAACACUACAGUAGGUCUAUUGAAAAUAACCGAGUCACAAAGAAUUUUCUCAGAGCUGUCAUUAUGAAAGAAUCCAUACCAAAUCCAAGUCAGAUUUGGUUUUGAUGUAAAAUGUCUUUGUAGACUAAUUUGCGUUUGUCACGGUUGAAUCCAUCAGCGAGGCCUUUCAUGGCCUCCGAGUUGAGAGGAACGUCUGUGUUUGUUUAAAUGCUGAAAUGAGGAACGGUCUCGGUCAUAUUUACAGCGUGAAAAAACGCAGGUUCUCAAAACAAAAAAAGUCAAUCUUUUUGAAAAAUUAUUUUUCCAGCAUGCAUUUUUUUGUUGUGUCAUGUACACAUUGCAAUACUCAACCCAAAAUUGAUGUGAACCACUGCAGGUUGCAUCAUAUUGAAGAUGAUUUUCCUUGAAAGGUUUAGACUUGCGACCCUAAGAAUGCUCUGUGUUGUUGGAUUCAAACUUAAAAUGUUGCUGUUCAGUUUUCUAGGAAUUUAUGUGCUAUUGCAAUUCCAGUAGCCAGUGCAUGACAACACAAUAUCUAAAAAUACUGGUGUUUUAAACCACUUUCUCACCUUUUAGCUGAGUACUUUAAGAGUGAAUUGCAUUUAAAUUGAUGGUUUUGGUCACCAUACCCAACCACAAAAUGUCACGUUUUCCAAACUUCUUGUGCCAAUGAAUGAAUGAACGUUUGCUAAGUUAAUAAUUUCUUUGUUGUUGGGUUUUCUUAUUGGUGCUCGGACAGUUAAGUGCCAUUCACUCUGCAGGUUUACCAGAUUAAAUGAAAUCCUUUGUCACUUUACCAAGUGCAUAGAUAUCCUUCUUUAUAAUAUUAGUGUAUUUGAGCAUCAGCCAAUGUGAGUUGGUCCUUGAUUUAUGUUGUUUCAUGAACAGAAUACAGUAGGUAGUUUACAAACACUUAAUGAGGCAGCGAACCAUCAUGGGAAGUUUGCUUUUCCCACAUUUCUUAAACAAGUGAUUGAAUUUUAUUUGAAUUUGUGUACAAGAAAAUAAUUGUGUUAUUAAAGAAAUGAGCAAUAAAUCUAAAUCGUCUUGCUCUACAAACAUAGACCCUGCAUGACAUUCACUGAAACUGUUUUGAGGCGGAUUUAAGCUAAACAAAAUGUACAAAUGAAGAGUUUGGUUCCAAAACGCGAUAAACGGCAUUUUUAAAAAAAAAUUAGUUGCUGCCAAAAUCAGUAUUCUAUCAGGUCAGUAUUUAAAAGUAAAUUUUUAAUUUUACGCAAAAUCCAAUAUCCGCCGUGUUAUUCUGUCAUCCUUUUUCCCAAAACGCAAUAAACACCACUCCUCCUUUUCUGCAGAAUGCAAUAAAUCCUCUCCACAAAUUACAGCGCACCAUUCCACGCAAUGUAAACAAACAAUCGCGGUGCAUUAAGUACACAGAAUCUUAGUUUUCCUCAUCUUAUUUUACUUUGUGAUCAACAAACAAACAAAAACAAAAUAAUACUUUAUUGGCAUUGAUAAACCUGUGAUGGUUUUCUGUGACGGUAAAAGAAACCAUCAAGCCAUCAACAUCUAAUAAUUUACGCGAAAGGCACUGGGGAGCCGGUUGCUUGUUCUCCCGACAGCAUCUAGCUUCUCUCGUGCUAACACAUUGACCCCAGGGUAUCUUAUGAAAAACUUUCCAUAGUUUUACUCAAAGUCAACAAAAAUCGAGCAGGACCAAAACUUUUUACAGCUGAUUGCUGUCAAAAAUGUUAAGCGAUGACGUCCCGAGUAUAACUGCAGCAAUGACAGUGUUCUUAAUAUGACAAAGUAAGUGUUUUGAUUAAUGCCAUUAAUGUUUAUUUUUUAUCAGUGGAUACCACUAGUCCACUAAAUGAAUAUAACAUGGCAAAGAUGAAUGACAUUUAUAUAUUGAUUCAAUAGAUUUAUAGCAUUUAAAAAAAAACUUGUCAUGGAUUUAUUGCAUUUUGUAGAAAAAAAGAAUCAGUUUUGAAAAUCAAGUUAUGGAUUUGAUUUUUUUAUGUUUUGAUAACCUAAAGAUGCAAUGUGAAAGUUUGUAACAGAAAAUAGUGGGUUUUUUUUGUCACUUUCUUGGUAUAGAAAACACGUUUUUACCCAAAUUAGUCAAAAUGGAUUUAUUGCGUUUUGAAACCAAACUCUUUUUGUUUAAAAUGUAAUAAUAGGUGUCAGUGACGCUUGUUCAAUUUGUAUUAAAUGACUUUUUUAGUCAGUACAAGAAAACAAUCUGGAAGAUCACUCAAAUCAAAGGAAUCUGGCGGUUCGCAUUUUGCGUCUAAAACCAUUUGGAAAAUGCGUCCACACUGCUUUCCUCCUUUAAAAACGCUUUCCGAUGCGGCAUUCUGAAAAGUUGAAGUAUUUUCACCCGAGUGCGGCACCUGGAAAAAAAUCGCCCCUGAAGGCCGAACUCCAUAUUAGACAAUAUUAGUCGAGUGUUAUACAGCUAUGUUUUGCUACAAGCAGUUGUCAACUGUAUGGGAUCAUUAUUAGAUAAUGUAAACAUAUCAUAAAGCAAAAAAAGGUUCAAUUUUGUAGUGGACAUUUGAUUCCAUUUAAGCUUGAGCUACUGCCACAGUCUUUCUUUUUUAUUUAAAAUCUGUUGAUCAACAGAAUUGACUAAUUUCAUGUGAUUCAGAGUCCUGUAAAUGACAACACAUGAUCACUCACAAUUUUGCAAAAGUAUUGGAUUAUUAUACAGAAUGAAAUAAGAAAAUAUUAAAGUUUGUGCCAUUUAGAAAGAGUAGCUAUUUGUUUGUGAUUAAACUAUUUUAAUGUCAUUUUUGCUGCUAAUGUUCAAUUUUUUAGAUUUCACUUGAUGGCUGUCACAGUCAGAGGUCAUCUAUAAAGAGCUGUUUAUAAUGAUUUUAUCAGCAUGUUAUGACUUGGAAAACAAUCUUUCUUGCCAAAAGGCUCAUUUUCUAAGAACAUGAAGUGAAGCCUGUGCUACAGUAUGUGAUCAUAGGAGUAUUGUCUCUUUUAAUGACUCUUCAUUGGUUUCCACUACCUCUCGUUAUGCUUGGUUUUUCUCAUCUAGCUGUUAAUGUUCAAAUGUUUAUUUUGAUCUACUUGAAGCCUAAUACUGUAAAUGAGAUGUACACAGGUGUGUACCGAGGGUUUAUGAAGAGUAGCAAUUUUUUGUUUGUUUGUUGAAUUCAGCAUAAUUAUGAUAUAUACUUACAAAGUAUUCAGGAAGCGUACUGUUUAAGGGCUAAUCCCAUAACGCCUAUGCAAAUCUCGUAAUUGUCAUAUUGGAAUAAUUAACGACUGAGAAAUGUUUUCCUGAAAUCGGGUGGAACACUGGUUUACAUUUGCCCAUUUCUGAUAUUCCUUAGUCGCUCGAGUCACUUAACAUGUUAUAUACACACAUAUAUAAAUAUAAAAUCCUUCUUGAUGAUAAAGCUACUCAAUUUGAAAUAAAUUUGUGUUGUGUCUACUGUGGUUGCGUUUUGACAUCUUGAUAGGUCGACAGUUUACUGUUGAUGUAAAUGCAUAGUGAAUGUAUGGUAAUGUGCAUGCUGAUGUUUAUUUGUUUAAGUGAUUCAUCUUUGAGUGAUGGAAAAACGUUGUCCUCAGAAAAGGGGAAGUAAUUGAAUUAUUUGUGAAUGAAGCGAGUGUCUAUUCUUGUUUUCAGGGGUGCUUUAGUCUUUUUUGGAAAGGUUGAAGGGCUACUUUGGGCACGCUUUCCAAGAACGAGAAUAUCUACCUCUUGGUUGUGUUUUUUCCAUUUGCUUAAUAUAGAAGAUUUAGCCUUGAAAAACAUGUAGCUUGUGCACAUCUUGAUUUGUUUAGACUCGAGAUGUGGAGAGUAAAGAGCCACAGAGAUGAACUGGGAGAUGCUUUUGCCUUGUUGCAAACAAUUUACUUUUAGCUCAACCUCUUAAACUUCUAAUCUUUUAGUUCUUUUGUUUUUAUCUCCGUUUAAAAUUGUUUGUCCCCAAGCAAGGACACGUCAGAUUUUCAGAACUUCAGUAUUUCAGUAUUUUCUACAACAGUCCUGUUACCUGCAUGUGCUUGCAUUGUGAUAUAUAAAGAUUGCUGUAAUUACAAUAUGUGAAAAAUGUGUUUACAGCACUCAACAGUACCAUUGCAUCUAUAAUAUACUUACAGUAGAUGCUAAAUUUUUUUCUUUGUAAGCACAUACGUUUUGGUCGUACAUUCAUAAGACAUUAUUUUAGUUGUUCAGUCAUGCAGGGUAGCGUGAAUUUUGGUAAGCAUGUACAGUAUGUUACCAUGCAGUGACCUGCAGCAAAGGCUUCAUGUACUCUAGGUUUUUAAAGCAUUAUUGUUUAUUUUCUUUAGUCAUUAAAUCCUUUUGCAGAAAGCAUUAUUGUUUUUUUCUUUAGUCAUUAAAUCCCUUUUCACACAUAGAUCAGGUAAUCAUUUUAGUACCUGCCUUUAAAAUUGCUAGCAAGUUGCUAAAACUUCACCAUGCUCCUAUUUCCAAAUAGGUUGGUUUUUAUAAUAACUUUCCAGCCAUUGCAUCCAUAACUCAAUCCACAUUGUUAAUGCGUCAAUGAUGUUAAAACAAGCAACCAAGACCUAACUAAGCUUUAAGUGUUAUUUACCACAAAUGAAGUUAAAUGAACAGUAUCAUUGUUGCAGCAAUACCACUAACUUCCUGCCGGGUACAACAAAGCUGUUUGAUCGUAGUCCUAAACCCUAGAAAAGAAUUUGCAUUUGUGAGAAUUAGCAUGUGUACAUCAUUUUAAUAAUGAAGAAACAACCGGAUUAAAGUUAGGACAACUUGAGCCUUUUACGUUUGCCUACAAAAUUGGCAUUAUGAAUGAUCGUCUCUGAAAAGGAUCCUUAAAAUUUACAAAAAAUAAAAUAAAAUUCAUGCCAACAAGAAAGAACAGUUUCAAAUGUACACUUUGAAGACAAACUGACUCUCAUCAAUCCUUUAUCACAGUUUAUCACAGUCACCCCAAAGUGCCUUGAAUAUUUAGGCAAUGAUCUGAGUUAAACGAUAUCACUAAAGAUGUUUGUCUUUAGUACUCCCUAUAUAGGACAGAAAACUAUUCACAAGUGUAAACUGAUACUAUUUGGAAAUGGAGCUUUUCAUACUUUCAUUGUUCACUGCAAAAAAGUUUUUUAUUUGAAAUCAUGAUAUUAUAAUAAUGUCAUGCAAAAGUGUGUGGUGCUUGUCACAACUUUUUUUAUCCCAUUGUCAGCUCAUAUUAUGUAGAGGUUUUUCCUUCACAAUACAGCCUUUCUCUGAUGUUUUCUUUAUCCUCAGAUAAGACACAGAUCAAGCCUUCACUGAAGGCAUUCUUUAGAGCUGUGCCCUGAGUCCUAAAUAAUGCUGAUUUUUAAGUAAUAUCACCUAUUUUAAUAUAAAAAAUUAUGUAGUAAUUCUGUUGUUUUUUUAAUACCAGAGGACAAAAUCUAAUGCAUUUGUAAAUUAUAACUGAUAGAUAAAACGUUUUUUAUAUUUGGCAUGCUUUUGGUAUUCAAAAUAGUAUUUAACACAAUACUGUACAAGUAUAUAUAGAGGUACUGCAGUAUGCAGACGGUUAUCAUUGAAUCUCUAGGAGGAACUUUAGAAAUGGACAAAGUGAGCAAUUUCUUUCAAAAUGAUUAUAUUUAAACCAGAGGAACUUUCAGAUGUUGAAUGGAAAGGUCCUUACAGGUUACUGUAAGAAAACGUAGUUUAGCUCAAGAGUGGCAGUACUGAUGUACAAGUUUAUUAAUAUUUAGUCUAAAAGGAUGGUUAUCUUUCAGACCAUGUGUACUCCUGCAUGAACUAUAUAAAAAGAGAGAAAACAUGUACUUGUAGACAUCAAAUAAAGUGACUUACAAUA